AUGUUUUGGCAUUUAGCAAGAAUAUUCGUUUUAUUCGGUUAUUUGCAAAGAGUUUUGGCCAUUGAGCAUGAUUCGAUAUGUACAGCAGAUGGUGCUUGUCCGGAACCAAGUCAUACAAUUAUGAGACUUCGUGAAAGAAAUGACAAAAAAGCUCACUUAAUUGCCAAACAACAUGGUUUGGAAAUCAAAGGUAAGCCAUUCUUAGACGGUACAUAUUACUUUGUUAUUCAUUCACCAAAGGAACGUUCAAAACGACAAAAACGUGAAAUAAUCUCGAGAUUGCAAGAGCAUCCUGAUAUUCUGUUGAUCGAAGAACAAAGGCCGAGAGUAAGGCGAAAACGUGAUUUUGUUUAUUCGGAUACCGUGUAUGAACGUGAUAGUGGUUUCAUCAAUGUUGUAAAACGUGCUGAAUCGAUAGCUAAUGCGGAACAGCGUAUUAAUUCCAUACAACGUGAUGUACCUGUUUUGCCAUUUCCAGAUCCGCUAUAUAAGGAGCAGUGGUAUCUUAACAAUGGUGCACAGGGAGGUUUUGACAUGAAUGUGCAGGCUGCAUGGUUAUUAGGUUAUGCUGGUCGUAAUGUAUCUGUUUCAAUAUUAGAUGAUGGUAUACAGCGAGAUCAUCCGGAUCUGGCAGCAAAUUAUGAUCCAUUGGCAAGUACGGAUAUUAAUGGUCAUGAUGAUGACCCAACUCCGCAAGAUGAUGGUGACAAUAAGCAUGGUACACGUUGUGCAGGUGAAGUUGCAUCAAUUGCUGGGAAUGUAUACUGUGGUGUCGGUGUUGCAUUUCAUGCAAAAAUCGGAGGUGUACGAAUGCUUGAUGGUCCUGUGAGCGAUAGUGUUGAAGCAGCAAGUCUGUCUCUUAAUCGUCAUCAUAUUGAUAUUUAUUCGGCGAGUUGGGGUCCUGAAGAUGAUGGAAGAACGUUUGAUGGUCCUGGGCCGUUAACUCGCGAAGCAUUUUAUCACGGUGUUAGGGUAGGACGUGAUGGUAAAGGAAGUAUUUUUGUUUGGGCCAGUGGUAAUGGUGGUUCAAGGCAAGAUAGCUGCUCUGCUGAUGGUUAUACGACAUCUGUCUAUACACUCAGUGUUAGUUCGGCGACAAUUGAUAAUCGCAGUCCAUGGUACUUGGAAGAGUGUCCAUCAACCAUCGCUACAACAUAUAGCAGCGCUAAUAUGAAUCAACCGGCUGUUAUAACAGUUGAUGUACCACACGGUUGCACUCGUUCACAUACGGGUACUAGUGCAUCUGCUCCAAUUGCAGCAGGUAUUAUUGCGUUGGCAUUGGAAGCUAAUCCAAAUUUGACAUGGCGCGACAUGCAACAUAUUGUACUGCGGACAGCCAAUCCAGUACCACUGUUGAAUAAUCCAGGCUGGUCGGUGAAUGGGGUUGGACGACGAAUUAACAAUAAAUUUGGUUAUGGACUGAUGGAUGCCGGAGCACUGGUAAAGCUCGCAUUGAUCUGGAAAACGGUACCAGAACAACACAUUUGUACAUAUGAUUAUAAGCUAGAGAAGCCAAAUCCGCGACCAAUAACGGGUAGUUUUCAAAUGAAUUUUUCACUGGAAGUAGGUGGUUGUGAAUCUGGUACACCAGUUCUCUAUCUCGAGCAUGUACAAGUUUUGGCAACAUUUCGCUUUGGGAAGAGGGGCGACCUGAAACUCACACUGUUUUCGCCACGUGGUACCUCUUCUGUAUUGCUUCCACCUCGUCCACAGGAUUUCAAUUCGAAUGGUAUCCAUAAGUGGCCCUUCUUAUCCGUUCAAACAUGGGGUGAAGAUCCUCGUGGAACGUGGACUUUGAUGGUGGAAUCUGUUAGCACGAAUAGGAAUAUUGGAGGAACGUUCCACGAUUGGUCGCUCUUGUUAUAUGGUACGGCAGAACCUGCUCAACCAAAUGAUCCUCGGCAUCCCUCAAAUCCAUCACCCUCUUCAGUCGAAUCUCCAUUUGAUCGAAUUACUCAGCAUAUAGCAUCACAGGUGCAUGGACGCAGUCCUUUUUUUCAUUUCUUUGAUCAUAUAAUGAUUAAAGCAUUCUUUACAGCUACGGUAGUCUUUCAUUAA